AUGGAAGCCUCCCCCUUGACCCUACAGAGUCGACCUGAGUCCUUCAAGCCUAAGAUUGUGCAGCUCUAUGAGAACCUCUUCAAAAAUCAGAAUGGAGAGGACUCGGACCCUUCUGAAGGUUUCUGGAGGGAGUUCUUCUUGCUCCCCCCGGACCGCAAUCAACUGCAUGCCAUUUUAGACCAUUUGAGUCCAGAUGACAUAUUAAGCUUACAGAAUCAAACUCAGUUGUUAUUCACUCGUGCUAUCCGCGAGGCAGCUACAGGGGUUGCCCCUGGGAAUUCUUAUGCAUUGGACACCUUGACGAUUUUCCUGACCAGUAUUUUGGGCAAGAAAUACACAAAUCCUAGCUCAGAUGUCAUCAACGUUCUUGCAGGACUCGACGAAGUGGACCAUGUCAUCUCCAACUUUGUAGCCGUUUUAGAUGGUAUUAUCCGCAAUGGCAGCAACUUCGACGUGCGGCUCAAGGCUAUCAGGACAGCCGUUGCAAUGACCAGUGGGGCAUAUAAAACCAGCCUGGUGUCCUAUCUCACGCACAGAGACCUUUUCCCAUCCCUUAUGAAGUAUGUCUCUGACUCUGAUACUCCAAUGCGAGUCUUCGAUCCAUUUCUCCUUUUGGGCUUGUUGGCAAAUUACAACAAAUUUGAGUUCCAAAAUCCCUACCAGCUUCGACUUGAUGACUUUGUCAACGAGUCGAGCAUUGAAAAGAUCGCCAAGGGCGUCGGUCUCGCCUGUGGUGGUCUACGUAACGGCUACAUCGCUGUACAGGACGACAUCCCAGAAGGCUGGAAUUUGACUAAUACAUUGAUAUUCUUUGGAUUGCGAGCCUUUGCACCCGGUGCCAGAGAAAAGGCUAAUCCUCCUACCACGGAAGAAGCGAAAGCAAUCUUUGCUGAGCUUCCUGCCCAAGAAGCAACAGUUCUGAUGGCAACAUACGACUUCACAAACGCCAACAAACUCUUUGGCUACCACCUUGUUCAUACAAAGGCCGAGAAAAGCGAGGAUGAAUCGCCGUUCUCAAGCUUCCUUUCAUUGACUUCAUAUCUGUUACAACAUGCAUAUCGAUCCCCUCGGGUCGGACAUUACGCCGAGCUCACUCUAUUCACUCUGCGCAUAUUAGUCGAGGAUUCAACAAUCUGCAAACACAUCUGCAACGAAGAUGGCAAACGAAAGGUCCGCAUCUGCAGACAGAAACAGCCAUACCUCCCUGUAGUCAGCGGAGACAGAGUCCUAGCGACAAUCAUAUUCGACAUCAUGAUCGACACAAUCACUCACAACCUCCGCCGACGUCUAGAUGUCAAUCUCUACAGCCACGCGAUCGCAAUAACCCUCCGCCUCCUAACCCACUUAUCAAAGAACAAAAUCAGACUAACAUACCACUGGUCCGAACUCUGGCGCACCCUCCUCUCCCUAAUGCGCUUCCUCACAACCUACGCGAGCGACCUAACAACCAACCCAAAGAUCCAAACCCUAACAUCCUCCUUGGCCGAUCUCAUCGCCUUCUGCGUCUCAGGCGGCGACACUUUCCUCCCAGACCCAUCAUCCUACGAUGACCUCUUCUACAAGCUCGUCGAAACCGGUCCCAUAAUCUCGAAGUUCCGUGUCGCGUAUGCUUUCACCGGUACAGCCUCCAAGGCUGCUGAACCGGGUGUUGAGCAAACCGUUGCCGCUAUUGAUACACUUCAAUCUGUCUCGACCCAUUUCUACACUCUGCUUUUCCAUUCGGAUGGCAGUGAUGCAAAUGCUGCUGCUGCUGCCGCCGCCGCGGCAAGCCCCAAACCCGAUGAGCCGGCUUCUGUGCCUUUGCCUUCUAUCCGAAAGAAGAACCUCAGUCCACGGGAAGUUCAUCGUAUUAUCAAGCAGGGCUAUGAUACUUUGAGUAUUCAGCCGCCUGAGGGAUUAAGCAAUUGGACUAGAUGGCGCGAGGCCGAAUGGAAAAGUGAGCUAAAGAAGGCGGCGAGGUGGGCUGUUGAUGAUGCCAGGCAGCUUGUUGCUUAG